AUGAAUAAAAUCUCACUCAAGCUAGGAAACAAGAACUUGAAAAAGAACGUUUCCAAGAAAUCCAAAAAGAAAAACUCUUCACAGAAAGGCAAUUUAUUCAGUCUGGAUGGUACAGAAGUAAUAAGCCCGCCGCACAGAUCCCAAGAUAAGAUAAGGAUUCAAAGUAUUGAUAAAUUUGAUCUCGACGGAGAAUCCUUUUCCAAAAAGAAACUAGUGAUCAAGCUAACUGAAAGUACAAAUGCGCAAAACACCGCAACGUCUUCUGAAGAAUAUGUCACUGAAAAAGAAUAUAGCGAAGUACCCAUAGAAGAAUUUGGAGAUGCAUUACUUCGAGGUAUGGGAUGGGAAAGUGACCUUGAGGAAGAUGCUAAAAGGGGAAAAGAACAGAGUGAAAUGAAAGAUAUUUCCAAUGUCUCACGAAUACACCCUGAUGGACUGGGAAUUGGUGCAAAAUUGAAUAAGGAUAUAAACGUGGAGAGGAGUUCAUUUAUGCCCGUUGCAAAAAUUGAUAAACUAACGGGCACCAAGGUUAGUGAGGAAAAAAAAGAGGAAGCUGAAUCACGAUAA